AUGCCGCAUCUUCCGAAUGAGAUCUUGCUGUGCAUCUUCUCAUUUCUCCGGCCCAAUCUGCGGCGCAAAGUAUUCUUCGACAACUGCGAACAGGUCGCGCUUGAUGAUGAGCGAAGUCGACAGCUCACACUAUCGUCCAUCUGCCGGGCUUCCAAGUUAUUCAGGCGGUUGGCGUUACCAGAGCUCUACCACACCAUACCCAAGACAUCGGCAGGACUUCUACGGAGCUUGAGCAGAGAUGUGUACCUGUGUGACCUGGUCAAAGCCAUAGAUCUGACACCCUUCGUUUCCGAGAAUGCUCUGCGCGAGGCCUUCGAGAUCGCCCGUCCUCGCCUGCGUCUUCCCGCUGAAUUUGGGCACCGACUCCUGCAGGACAUCGACACGGCUGUGGGCGAGACGAACCUGACCGGGGAGUCAGUGCUGCUCGUCCUCCUACUCCCCAACCUCGAAGCGGUUGAAAUCCGCCGCGGGACUGAGAUGCUGGGAGAAAUUUUCAGCGGGCUACUGGGACAGAGUCGCGUGCCACCUCUACGCCUGCUGCGCCUGCGCCACUGGGACACGAAUAAUUUUAUGAGGAUAAAAGACUUCCAGCAGCUGCUGCUUCCAACUGACGAGACACUCCAGGGUUGCGCACUGGGCUGGGAAAUCGGCCCGCCGGAACCGUUGUGGAAACAGCUCCCCCUCAUGGCCCCGCGACUCAGCCUCCGACACAUUGACUUGACUGACACCGCCAUCGACGAGCACGGCCUGAAUGACUUGCUCUCCCGCUGUCCCGACCUCCAGACUUUGCGCAUCAAGCUCGCGAUCCCACAGGACAUGCUCGUCGGCAGGUUGGAGCCGUACAAAUAUGAGGAUGAUGAAGAUGAUGAUUUCGAGCCCCCACUCAUGCUUGACCAGGUGCUCCCGGACAGCCUACAGCGCCUGCGGCUCUUGACGAUCCACGACGAUGAGGUGGGGUUGGGCCAGCAGCUCGGCAAACUGAGACGGGAAGAUCGGAUGACGGAGCUGCGCGGAAUGCAGAUGGAGGGGCUAAUGACAAGGGCGGUCAACGAGAGCAUCUCUGUUGAUGUGGCCGAGGUCGGAUGGACAGUGCGGUACGAACGGGACAAGGUGGUUUUCACCAAUGACCUCGUGAUGUAG